UUGGGCAGAAUGCGGAAGACAAUGAGUACUUGCCUGGGGUUGAGCCAACGCUGGAGUUUGUGGUUACUAGUGUGGACAUAACUGGGUUUGGUGCUCCAGCAACUCUCUUGGUUUUUAACAAUGAGAUUGGGUUCUCUGCGAAGAAUAUGGAGUCUAUUUGCAGCGUUGGUCGGUCCACUAAGAAGGGUCUCAGGGACAAAGGCUUUAUUGGUGAAAAAGGAAUCGGAUUUAAGAGUGUGUUUCUUGUCACUGCAUGGCCUCACAUAUUUAGCAAUGGCUACCAAGUCAGAUUCAACGAGAUGCCCAACAAAGAUUGUGGUGUUGGCUAUGUUGUGCCAGAGUGGAUUGAUGAUAAACCAACUGUUUCAGAUAUUCAACAAAUUUAUGGAAACAGGAAGGUCCUUCCAAAAACAACUAUCAUCCUUCCUCUAAAACCUGAGAAAGUGGCAGCUGUGAGAAAACAGCUCUCUGAGGUUCACCCUGAAAUUCUGCUCUUCUUAUGCAAGAUAAAACGACUCUCAAUCCAAGAACACAGUGGUGAAUCCCCUGCAAUGGACCCGGUCUCUGCCAUAUCUAUGUCCAGUGAAACUAAUCUCACUUCAUCUACGAGCCAAGGGGCAGAUUCCCGCAUAGUUAAUCUUUCUGUUAAAGGAACAGAUUUUGAUAAGGCUACGUGUUGCUACUAUAUAUGGAGACAAGCAUUCCCUGUGAAUGCCAAAAGUCAGGUGAGUGGAAGGAAGGAUACAAAGGAAUGGGUGAUAUCUCUGGCUUUCCCAUCUGGGGAUAGACUGAAGAGAGGGGCGACUUCUGUUGGGAUAUUUGCUUUCCUGCCAACUGCUAUGGUUACCAACUACCCAUUCAUAGUGCAGGCAGAUUUCAAGCUUGCAUCUUCAAGAGAGACCAUACUCUUGGAUAACAAGUGGAAUUUGGGAAUCUUAGACCUCGUACCUUCGUGUUUUGUCAAUGCUCUUAUGACUUGUAUGAAGUCAGCAAAAGCUUGCCGGUUGUUUUCCACUCCUCAAUUUCUUGAAUUCUUGCCAACAGAACAAUCUCCUAUUAAGGAGCUUGAAAUGGUGAGGCAAUCCAUCAGAACCAUGGUUCAGGCAGAACGCAUUCUUCCUUGUGAAUCUUUUUUGGAUGAACAAGAGACUUUCUGUCAGCCAACAAAAGCAAUAAGGAUCUUGCCUGAGUUCAGAAAAAUUUUAGUUCACCUUAAGGAAUGUGGUGUCCCGUUGAAUGAAAUAUCUUCUAUAGGGAUGUUUGUCUUACAUGCUUCACUGGAUCAUAAAGAAUAUGAUGGAAUUCUUGAUUUUCUUGGAGUGCCAUCUGUGGGCAAAAACUAUUGUUGGUAUGGGAGAUUCAUCCGUGACUGCAAUAUUAUGUCAGAAGUUCCCAUGGAUGUAUUCAUGGAGCUUCUUUGCUUCUUUGCUGACAACUGUAGAAUCAUUCCAUCUAGACAUCUCAACAAUGCACCACUUCUCAAGUAUGUUGCUUUGAAUGGGGAGGUGAGGUCAUGUAGUAUUUCCCAAGUCAAAAAGGAAGCAAUAAAGAUGCAUUUGAUCUUGGAGGCUCGAAAACAUGCCUGGAUAAAUAAAUGGAAUGUAGAGAUGGGAUGCCCUAAUAAUCUCUUUUUCUUGCCCAAUGCCACAGUUACUGCUCUUGCAGGGCAUGAGAGACAUUAUUUUUUGAGGCGGUGGUUGGUUAAGAUGGGUGUGAUUGUCACUUCCGUUUCUCAGUAUUGUUUGGCACUUGCAAAAUUUGCAGCAGAGAAAAAGGAUCCAAAAAUCGCAGUUUCACUAUCUCAUCUUGUUUAUCAUUCUAAAUUGAAGUACUACAUAGGAAUGUACGAGGUUUUUGACAUUUUUCGUUCACUGCCAAUUGUUGAUAGAUCUGGCAAAGUACAUAUACGGACUAAAACUCUUGUGCCUGCUUCUGGUAGCAAUUGGGAGAAGCUAUUUGGCUCUGAGAAUCCAUUUGCAGAACAGUCUAUCAAGGUGAAAACUGAAAUAGGUGAAUCUGAAUUUGUUGAUGAGUAUGUUGAAUUGGGGGAGGUCUAUACUAAAGCUGCUAACUUUGCUGGCGAAUCUGCAACAAAGGAGAAAUUCUUGGACUUCCUUGCAAAUCAUACCGGAGCUUUAGACUUGCCAUAUAUACCACCUCCAAAUACAGCAUUGCAAGUUGCUUACACUCAAUUAACAAGUGACCAGGCUAUCCUAUUGCUAGAUUGGAUUCAUAUUAUGAUAACUAAAGGGUAUAAUAUGCCUCCAAGGUUCAUUGAAAGCAUACGGAAUGGGAAAUGGGUAAAAACACACAGAGGUUUUAGUCCUCCGACCCAUUGUUUGCUUUGCAACGAAACAGAGGAAUCUACCCUCUUGGAGAUGGGAGACAUUCACCAACUUUUCCCAAUUAUUGAUCAAGAGUUCUACAUGGGUAAAAUUACAAAAUUUAAAGAUGAGCUGGAAUUGAUUGGGGUACAAAUUGGUUCCGAGAAUAUGUAUCAACUAAUUAUCAAACUCCUGGAAGCCAAUGCUUUGUCUUCAAUGGGCAGAGAAUGGGCAAUUUUUCUGUUAAAAUUUGUUAGACACUCGAUGGUGAACCAUAUGCUCAAUCAAAACUUCCUGAAAGCUGUAAGAGAAGGGAAAUGGCUAAAAACAAAUUGUGGUUACAACACUCCUGUUGGAUCCAUUUUUCUGAUUUCUGAUGCUGUAGCUAUUUUACAAAUCGCAAGCCUUCCUGUCAUUGAUCAAGCAUUCUAUGAGGGCCAGAUGGACUGUUUUGCUGAUGAACUUAACUUGUUGGGAGUUGUGGUUGAUCGAGAAGGUGUUUUCAGAUUAAUACUAGACAAUUUUCAAUUUCCAGAAGAGCUUUCUACCUUGACUAGGGACAGCAUUUUUCUGAUACUUGAUUGUAUCAAGCAUUUGGGACCUGCAGCUUUUGGUGUGUUGCAAAAAAUUAGGGAACUACCUUGGAUGAAAACUAGUUCUGGCUUUAAAUGCCCAACAGAAACCCUUCUUCCCAAUCACAAAUGGGGUCAUUUGUUGAGUGUCGUUCCAUUACCCAUCAUCGAUGAAACUCACUAUGGAAUUGAACUGAAAUUAUAUAAAGCAGAGUUGAAAGCAAUAGGGGUGGCCGUUGAUCUUGAUGGAGUAUUUAAGAUGCUUUCUGAUCAAUUUAAGUUUUCACUAUCUUCAGGCAGAUUAACCAAUGUCCAUGUAAUCUCAACACUAAAUUGUAUGAAGUGCAUGGGCAAGAAAAAGCCAUCACAGUUGUUUGAGUUGAGAAGCUGCUUGAUGGGGGAUAAGUGGUUGAAAACUUCACAUGGCUACAAGUACACAUCAGAAUCUGUUUUGUUUGAUUCAAAGUGGGGAACAAUUGCACAGUUUGUCAAUCUUCCUCUUAUUGAUGAGUCCUUCUAUGGCAAUGACAUUUAUUUGUACAAAGAUCAACUAAAGAUGCUUGGCGUUGUGGUUGAUUUUAGUGAAGGAGCUCAUUUUGUAGCACGAGGUCUGUGUUUGCCAAAAGAACCUUCAUUGUUAACAGCUGAUAGCGCACUCUCACUGUUGCAAUGUGUCAAGUCUCUGAGAAUGAACUCAUCCAGCUUGUUUUUACUCAAAGAUUUGGUCGACAAACUUAGGGGAAGCAAAUGGAUGAAAACCCACAUAGGCUAUAGAUAUCCAGAGGAAUCCCUUCUAUUUGAUCCAGAAUGGACAUGUUACCUUGAAAAAUUUGAUGCACCCUUCAUUGAUGAAUGCUUCUACAAAAAUUUCCCUUCUCUAUCUAUGGAAGACCUGAAAGCUGUGGGUGUCAAAGUAGAUAUCGAGGAGGCUUGCAAACUCAUUUCCCGGAUUCUCAACUCACAUACUCAAACUUGUGUGAUAAUGAGAAUAUACAAGUUCCUCAAUAGGUUCAAAUGGAUUCAAAGGGUACCCGACCCUAGCCUUCAAAUAUGGAUCCCCGAUCCACUUGAUCACAGUUGUGGAACGUGGGUGAAUUCUCGCAACUGUGUGAUCCAUGAUAGGGACAGCCUUUUUGGCUCACGGUUGCAUGCUCUUGACAAGUAUUAUGAAUCUGAAUUGUCAUCUUUUCUCAGAGUGGCUUUCAGAGUUGCAGAAUUUCCUUGUCUUGGUGAUUAUGUGAAGUUAUGGAAUCACUGGGUGAGCAGUCAUCAUGAAAUGAGUCAAGCAGAGUGCAGUUCCUUCUGGAAGUACAUAUCAGAAAAUUGGAACUCAGUCACUGAGGAGAUUCUUAAAACAAGCAUAACCAUGCUUCCUGCCUGCUGUCCUCGUGGGGAGACUGUCCAAAUCCGACUGAUGCAGAAGAAUGAAAUACUUAUCCCAGAUGAUUUGCAGCUCAGAAGGUUGUUCGCAAAUUCGAGUGUGAAGCCAAUAUUCACAUGGUAUCCACAGUCUGACUCGUCAUCUCUCUCUCCGAGCAAACUGUCUGAAAUUUACUCUUCCCUUGGAGUUAGAAAACUUUCCAAGUCUGUACAAUUCAAUUGGAAUUGCCCUUCAUCAGUCAGUAAUAAAUUUGAGGAGGUGGAUUCAAAAAAUUGUUUAAUUGGAAAAGGCUUGAUCAAAAUUGUUCUGGGUUUUCUUGCCAGUCCUCAGGUAAACAUGACAGCAGAGGAAAGGAACAAGAUUGCAAACACGCUUCUCGAUAUUUCAGUGGUUUUGGCAGGGGAACCACUUGAAGUUAGUUACAGAUUACAGGUACCUUCACUGGACAAUCCAUUGAGUGCUAAAACUAGAAGAUUGGUGAUGUGGGAUGACAGAGAUUUUCUCAGUACUGCAUUCCCAUGCCCUAGUGAGUCAUCUUCUCCCUUACAAAGUGCAGGAAACAAAGCUACAUGUAAAGCAUACCUUUGCUAA